GGCCAUGGCGCUGGUGGUUCAGUGCUACAGCAAGAAUCCAUCCAACAAGGAUGCAGCUCUAAUGGAAGCUGCCCGGGCCAAUAACGUGCAGGAAGUCAGAAGGCUGUUAUCAGAAGGUGCAGAUGUCAAUGCAAGACACAAACUUGGCUGGACAGCACUGAUGGUGGCAUCCAUCAGCCACAAUGAGAGCUGUCUUCAGACACACCAAAGAGGGCAUCUGAUCCCAUUACAGAUGGUUGUGAGCCACCAUGUGGUUGCUCACAAUUGAACUCUGGACCUCUGGAAGAGCAACCAGUGCUCUUAACCGCUGAGCCAUCUCUCCAGCCCUCCUGAAUUUCUUCUAUCUCGAGAUUAGUCCCUGAGUCACACUUAAUGUGGUGCAGGUCCUGCUUGCUGCUGGAGCUGACCCAAACCUUGGGGAUGAGUUCAGCAGUGUCUACAAGACUGCCAAUGAACAGGGAGUCCAUUCUCUGGAAGAUGGGAGACAAGACUGUGCAAGCUGGCGAAUGACAAACCAGUGGACAAGUGCCCUGGAGUUCAGGAGGUGGCUAGGAGUCCCGGUUGGCGUCCUAGUCACUCGAGAGGAUGACUUCAACAACCGGCUAAAUCACCGUGCUAGCUUCAAAGGCUGCACAGCCCUGCACUAUGCUGUCCUGGCCGAUGACUACAGCAUCGUCAAGGAGCUGCUGGACAGAGGAGCCAACCCCCUUCAGAGGAAUGAGAUGGGACACACACCCCUGGAUUAUGCCCGGGAAGGGGAGGUUAUGAAGCUUCUGAAAACUUCUGAGACCAAGUACAUGGAGAAGCAGAGGAAGCGGGAGGCAGAGGAGCGGCGCCGCUUCCCACUGGAGCAGCGACUGAAGGAGCACAUCAUUGGCCAGGAGAGUGCCAUCGCCACCGUCGGUGCUGCGAUCCGGAGGAAGGAGAACGGCUGGUACGAUGAGGAGCACCCUCUAGUCUUCCUCUUCUUGGGAUCGUCUGGAAUAGGGAAAACCGAGCUGGCCAAGCAGACAGCAAAGUAUAUGCACAAAGAUGCCAAAAAGGGCUUCAUCCGGCUCGACAUGUCUGAGUUCCAGGAGCGACAUGAGGUAGCCAAGUUUAUCGGUUCUCCACCAGGCUACAUCGGCCAUGAAGAGGGUGGCCAGCUGACCAAGAAACUGAAACAGUGCCCAAAUGCAGUAGUCCUCUUUGAUGAGGUGGACAAGGCCCAUCCAGAUGUGCUCACCAUCAUGCUGCAGCUGUUUGAUGAGGGCCGCCUGACAGAUGGCAAAGGGAAGACCAUUGACUGCAAGGAUGCCAUCUUCAUCAUGACUUCCAAUGUAGCCAGUGAUGAGAUCGCCCAGCAUGCAUUGCAGCUCAGACAGGAAGCUUUGGAGAUGAGCCGAAAUCGAAUCGCUGAAAACCUUGGGGAUGUCCAGAUGAGUGACAAGAUCACCAUCUCCAAGAACUUUAAAGAGAAUGUGAUCCGACCCAUCUUGAAAGCUCACUUCCGGAGAGACGAGUUUCUGGGACGGAUCAAUGAGAUCGUCUACUUCCUCCCUUUCUGCCACUCAGAGCUCAUCCAGCUGGUCAACAAGGAACUGAACUUCUGGGCCAAGAGAGCCAAGCAGAGGCACAACAUCACACUACUGUGGGACCGCGAGGUGGCAGAUGUGUUGGUUGAUGGCUACAACGUCCACUAUGGUGCCCGCUCCAUUAAGCAUGAGGUAGAGCGGCGUGUGGUAAACCAACUGGCGGCAGCCUAUGAGCAGGACCUGCUACCAGGGGGUUGCACCCUGCGUAUCACUGUGGAGGAUUCGGACAAGCACCUCCUCAAGAGCCCUGAGCUGCCCUCACCCCAGGCUGAGAAGCGUCCACCUACAUUGCGACUGGAGAUCAUUGAUAAGGACAGCAAGACCCGCAAACUGGACAUCCAGGCACCACUCCACCCUGAGAAGGUGUGCUACACCAUCUAGCAUCCACCUGUCUGUGCCCUGAACAUCUAAUAAAGGCCCCUUGCUGUGGCAUGGCAACCAAUCCACCUUGCCCUCAUGCCUUUCCAAGGCCUAGCACCCUCUCCUGCCUUUCUUGGUUGUGAGGUUCAUAGUCUGUUAUGAUCUCCAAGGCAAGGAACAGGAAGCCUGGUCUGCACUUCAGUGUGCACUCCACUCCAUGUCCUCACUAGAGCAUUGACGUGUGGCCAGAAGCUCAGAAACAUGCAGCGGAGAACAAGUCUGGCUGAAGAAGAUAGGACUCAGGCAGUGGUGCACCACCUCUGCUUGUGCUGAUGCGGCUCAUCCUCAGGAUGGCCCCGUGGCAGUGGGGGGAAGCCAGGAGCCCCAAGCACAGGUAGCUCUGUAGUUUAUUCUACAGCUACCUCUUUCCCAUGCCCUACAACUGUCAGAGUCAAGGCUUGUGACUGAGCCAGUGUAGAGCACCCAUAGGUCUGACUGGUCCCUCUUCCUGCCUUCCUCUGGGGUGGGACCAUGGUCCCAGGUGAACACCUCAGCUCUGAGAUGGGGCUCAUUCAGCAGGCUGGCAGUCUAGAUAACAGAAGGUGCUGUGGGAGCAAGGCUGGAGUCAGGCUCCACACAGGUGGGCACGGGUCUGCCUUAGCCCUGUCUCUUAACUGCCGUCCCAGCCAGGUAGCAAUUCCAUGGGCCUAGCAUACCCAUAAAGGACAGCAGGACACAGCAGGGCCUGGCAAGUCACUCUGCAUCAUCUGCAGAAGCCAUCACCACUACAGGACUGAGUAGAGCCCUCCUGUGUGUUAGCCAGCCUCUGUCAAGAUGUUUAGACAGGGCUGAAGUCAGUGCCAUGACUCAUAGAUUGUCAUGACAAGAUGCUCACAGCUCUGAGUGACACCACCUCACCCCUAAGAGGCUGCCUGCUCCUUACUACCUCAAAACUGUAUCCUCUUUUUACUUUGAAAUUCUCUAGGCUUACAGAAAAUUAUGAAGAAAAAAAAAAGUAAACCUCUUAUACCUUUAACUCAGCCUCUCCUGUCACACAGCAUAGACGCAUGGGGAGUGACAGGACCAGGAAAGUAGCAUUGCCACACACUCCUGCCCCAUCUGCAGGCUGUGGCUUUCACCAGCCUGGACAUCCCACAGUGCAUUCUACUUUCCAUCGCCUUCCCCUGUGUCGCCCAAGGCAGUUUCUGUGUCUUCCCUGCUCUUCGGUGAUCGUGACACUUUUGAAGAGUCCAGGCCAGUUCUUUUGUAGAAUAUCCUUCAGCCGAGCUCUAUCUAAUGCUCUCACUGAUGAGUCUGGGGGUCUGCGUUUUUGGCAAGGUGACCACAGAGACCAAUGCCCUGCUGCCUCCCUCACAGCACGUGGCAGUAACCCCAAAGCUCGAAUUGUCUGGAAAAAGGUCCCCUACUGUAAAAUUGAAAGUUUCACGCUGGGGUGUAGUAUUAGACCUUGGCUAGCAUGCACAGAGGCCCGGGUUGAUUCCCAGUGCCACAAAAAUAAAUAAGUGUAUAAAUAUAAUUUUUUCCUAGAACUAAAAUCAAGCCAGACUACUUACUGGUUUGUGCCUGGACUCCCAGCAAUUGGGAGGUUGAGGUAGGAUUGUCACAAGUUUGAGGCUACUUUGUGCUGCAUACUAAGUUCCAGGCCAGCCUAGGCUACAUAGUAAAACCCAAUCUCCAAGAGUCAAGUGGAUACAUCUCUAUAAAGUCGAGACUGGCCUGGUCUGCAGAGAGAGCUGCGGGCCAGCCAGGACUGCAGAGUGAGACCUUGUCUUAAAAAACAGCAAUCCUUUACCAUGGCCCAGCAGGUUAUGGCACUUUUUACCCAGCCUGAUGACUUGAGUUAAUUCCUUGAACCCAUAUAAAAAUGAAGGUAGAGAACGGACCUCAAAAAAAAAAAUGGUUCUCUGACCACACACGUGGUGACAUGACUUCCUGCCCCACACAGACAUAUACAUGACAGUAAUAAUACUUUUAAAGUAAUGAUAAUGUUCUGGGAAGAUACUUAAAGCUGUGUAAAUGCCACGUGCUUAUAUUUUUUAGAGUAAGUGUCCAUCUCAGCUGAGACAUUUUACUGUUGAAUUUCCUGUUUUACUUGUGCAGAUUUGUUGUUCCUUAUCCAUCUGUGUUUAAUAAUUGGUGUUCUGUUCCAAAGAAACCUUUCACCUCAUUCAUUUACUCAGAAUGUAUGCCCAUGUAUUCUGUGGUUAUGAUGUAGUAGGAAGUGUGUUGCUCCGUGCAGCCACGUGGGGCCUAUGUGAGCUCCUUCAUGCUUUGGCGUUGCUUGCACCUCCAUGUUCUGCCACUGUAGACUGUCCUGGGCCAACUCACAGCCUCCACACCACAGCUCCCAUUUCUCCAAGGCCUUCCUGUUUCCUGUUAUUGUGUGAACCAAUGGCUUCUUGAUGCUCUAAAGAAUUAUGUGUGUGAGUGUGUCUGUUGGCCAUAUGUGUGCAGUGCCUCAGGAGGCCAGAAGAGGGUGGUGGAUACCCUGGAACUAGAGUUUCAGUGUUGUGCCACCAUGUAGGUGUUGGGUUCGAACCUGGGUCCACCUAGAGCAGUAAGUGCUCUUAACCACUGGACCACCUCCAGCACAUGUGGCCUUAGAACCUUACUAUCCUUUUCUGCUUCUUCUUGCCUGUUUCUCUUUCUUUCCUUCUCCUGUGUUUGUCAUAGAGCAGUGGUUCUCAACCUGUGGGUAGCAAUUCCUUUCGGGGUCAAACAAGUCUUUCACUAGGUCCAUAGAAAACACGGAUGCGAGGGUUUCCUACUUGGGCCCAGCAGAAUGGCUCCCGCAAAGAAGGGUGGCGAGAAGAAGAAUGGCCGUUCUGCCAUCAACGAGGUGGUGACCCGAGAAUACACCAUCAACAUUCACAAGUGCAUCCAUGGAGUGGGCUUCAAGAAGCGUGCUCCUCGGGCACUCAAAGAAAUUCGGAAGUUUGCCAUGAAGGAAAUGGGGACACCAGA